AUGGAGGACUGGCUGGAGGACACUGUCCUCGAUGCCCUUGAGCAGGUCGCCGCAGGAACAAACCAGAGCAUGAUUAAUGUUCUUGUCGCUGUCCAGGGAGUCGUUGACGACUACGACUAUGGUGACUCACUGAACACCAAUACCGCUGUUGCCGACAUUGGAUCCUACGCCAGAGGAUGGAACCAGCUCAGUGCCAAUAGCCUUGCGAUUCUUCCCGCACCUACUGCUACGGGCUUGACUGGCCACAACGCCAACACCAAUGGUGUUGUAUCUCAUCAGGUCCCUGUGUCUCAAGCCAUAUCGGCAACUCCUGCCAGCCGCUAUCAUCAGCAGCUUCACGGAAAUGGGCAUCUCGUCUCUGUCACCGGCGCCAAUAACCCAGCCAUGGCUCCUUUCAACGGCCAACUCCCACUCAAUACUGGCAACGGCACGCCUUCUCGUCUUCGGAACACAGACAUCUCACCCCAAGUCAUCCACAGCCAGAUAGCCCAGGUCAAUGCCGAGUUAGCUCAGGCACGCCAAGUCGAGAUGGGCUCUGCCAUUGACCAGGCGUCGGGAAGCACCGCGGGUGGUUCUGCCCCGAUUCGAGGAUGCAGCCGCCGAUUCAAGCACAAGAGCUCACGCACUCGCCACUGCAAGAAGGAUCACUCCGCUUCGAACUAA